UGCCAAAAGCCCACUUCGAUCCGACAGACACCGCUGCAAGAAACACCUCAUCCCGCGGGCAACUUUCCGACACUCAGCGCGGUCGAUAAAGUGUUUUCUAAGCGCUCUCUUUAAAAAUCGCUACAAGGUAGUCGUGUUUUCGGCGCCUUUAGUAGCCGAUAAUGUCUUCAGAACAGCAAAAUUUGGUACUUGGAAUUGAUAUCGGGACCACCACCAUUAAAGUAUGUCUUGUAUCGUCUGGUGGACAGGUAGAGCAAUCAGCAUCCCGAGAAACAAAAUCUUCGAUGGUCAGCGACUUGGGACCAUUGGGCAGUGAGCAGGAUGUCCAUAAAAUUUGUACAGCACUCCAGUUUUGUUUAUCCAGAUUGCCUAAAGAAUCUUUGGUAAGGGUCACUCACGUGGCUGUGUCUGGUCAAAUGCAUGGAUGCGUUCUUUGGAAAACUGGAGAAGGUUGGAAACAGAAUAAUUUUGGAAGGUAUGAGACUGAGGUGGUAAGUGCUCUAUAUACGUGGCAGGAUGGCCGUUGUUCACCUGAAUUUUUAGCUUCGCUACCAAAGCCUGAUUCUCACUUGCGUCUAAGUACAGGACACGCAUGUGCGACAAUACUUUGGUUAGUCAAAAAUAAACCAGAUUUAAUAGAGCAGUACGAUGCCGCUGGAACAGUUCAAGAUCUUGUGGUAACCAUGAUAUCUGGAUUAGAACGUCCAAUCAUGUCUGCGCAAAAUGCUGCCGGAUGGGGAUAUUUUGAUACAGAAACACGCACUUGGAAUACAGAAAGGCUUAAAGAAGCUGAUUUUCCUCUUCGCCUGCUGCCUGAAGUGACGAUUGCAGGUAACAUAGUAGGUAGAAUGCCUACAGCCUGGUAUGGCAUACCUGCAGGCACACCUGUCUUCGCAGCUCUGGGUGAUUUACAGUGUUCAGUUUUCUCCAGCAUGGAAACAGAUCAUGAUGCAGUGAUGAAUCUGAGCACAUCGGCUCAAUUGUCUUUUCUAUUACCGGAAGACUUCAAACCACCACCUACUGUGUCUACAUCUUCUAUAGAGUACUUUCCUUAUUUUAAAGGAAGAUAUCUGGCAGUGGCAGCUUCCCUGAAUGGUGGAAAUGUCUUAGCAGCAUUUGUGAAGAUGCUUCAACAAUGGACACAUGAACUAGGUUUGGGUGUCCCAGAAGGUAAAAUAUGGGAAAGAAUCACGGCCUUGGCCCAGGACGAAUCUUCAACUGAUACAGAAAUGGAGAUCUCGCCAACCCUAUAUGGUGAGAGACAUCUGACUGGAGAACAGAGAGCUGUAGUUCGAAACAUCGAUCCUCAUUGCUUGGGCUUAGGAAAAGUGGCAAGAAGCUUGUUCAGAGGUUUAAUCUCCAAUCUUAGAUCAAUGAUGCCAAGAGACUUUUUAAUUGAAAACGGAAUCACCAGAAUUAUUGGCAGUGGCACAGCUCUCACUAAGAAUCCGAAUUUACAAAAAGAAUUAGAAACUCAAUAUGACUUACCCAUUGUCUACGGCACAGGUAGCGAUGCGGCUGUGGGAGUAGCUCUUGCUGUUCUGCCUUAUUUGUGACGACUUGUUCGUUACGUAAGAAAUUUACCUUUGUAUAAAGUGAAAGGUAUCAUUCAAUGUUAUAGAUAUCCCUCUUGCACAAUCUGCAUCUAAAACUGUUUUAAUAAUCCGAAAUUGCAAAAUGACCAUCUUAUUCUUUUGCUUUUUCGCGAAUAUGAGCUUCAAGGUUUUAUUACUAUCAAUGCAUUCAGUAUUAUAUUUGGAUUUGUAUUGUACGAUCUGCUAAGGAAAAAGAAAUACUUACUUUUUACUGAUUACUAAUUUUUACAAAGUUGAUGUCAUUUUUAUUGACUUAACCGUCACGACAAAAUCUUUCACAAGGAGCCUUACCGGUAACGAGAAAAAAAUCGAGUGUAAAACAAUUUUAUUUCUAACUUGUUUUUUAGGACAGUAAAAUAUCCAUGGCUCCUACUAUUUACUAACUUACGUACAGUGCGUAAAAAGAAAAACUGACCACCCUGAAUAACUUUUGAUCUAAUGAUUGAAUCUUCACGUACAAGUACUCAAUCUUAAUGGUUCGAAAGAUUGACCUUAAAUAUCCAAGUUAAUUAAUGCAGACGAUAUUUUAAGUUACGGAAUCAGACAUAAAAACUUACUUUCUCUGAAUAAACAUUCCCUUUUAAGGUCUGAUCUUGGAUUUUAGACUUCUAAAAUAUUCGCAGUCCUGGAAAUAUGGUUUCCAUAGUUUAGUCAAGAGAGCGGUCCUAACUUAGGAACUCUUAAUGCUAAUUUUACUAUUUUGCUUAUUUUACCAUAUCCCAAGAACUUUUCAAGCUAAUUGAAAAAUUUCUGCACACAUUUAUAAAAUUCGUUAAUCCAAAGAUAAUUCUAUGCGAAAAAUGAAAUUUAGUGAAAGUUUAUUAUUUUUCACUAUUUUAUUGAAUUGUAGUAAAACUAUUUUAAGUUGAAAGAUAUACAAUUUUUUAUGGCAAAAUACAAAAUUUGAGCGAAAUCGGUCGAGUAGUUCCUGAGGAAUCGAAUGUUUAAAGUACGACUAUUUUAAAAUUUGAUCGGAAAUCUGAAUUUAUCAUAAAAAAAGGUAAAUACGUUUUGUCUGAUAUCGUAAAUAAUUUAUAAUAUCGUCUGCACUAACUAAUUAGCAUAUUUGAGGUCAUCUCCUCAAACCAAUAAGAUUCAAUCCUAGAACAUGAAGAUCCGAUCAUUAGAUCAAAUGUAAAUCAGAGUAGUCCGUUUUCUUUCCUUUUUUUUGCACUUAAUGUUAUCCUUUUAAGAGGUACUCUUCUCGAAAACAUGCUCGAAAUAAAAUGAUUUUACUACCAGUUUGAACCAAAAAUUGAAAUCUUUAAAUAAUUCUAAAUAACUAUUUUUUCAAUUGUUCAAACAUAUGUACUUGAAAUGAGAUAUUAAAUAUUCAUUUAAAUAAUAUAUAAGUUUGUUUAUGAUGCCAAAUCAUAUUUUCUCUUUGAAAUAGUUCUUUAGCAAUAUUUUUCGAAUUAAUUUAAUAAUAAAUGCUUUAUUCCAUCCAGUAUGUUCUUACAAAAGAUACUUUUGAGCUUAAUGCUUGCAGCAUUGCAUUAUUAUAAAACUAAAACCAUUUUGUCCUCAUAAUCUUUGUGUGCUAAUUUUGAUGUUAUUAUUUUUUAUGAAAAAAAGCCGAUAACAUUGUUAUAUUCUAUGAAUUUUCAUUAUUCUAUUUUUUCAAUAGCACAAAUUUGAAUUCAGCACAUUUUAUAAAGUUCCAAAACUAUCUGCUAUAGUUUCCUUUAACAGAUUCUAUUUUGUGAUAUUUUUUCUCAGAUCCGCUAAUAUCAAUUAUAAUAUGCCAUUUAUGUGUAAUUAAUUCUUAUACUUUAAAUAUGUGUUCAUUUUAAUAUAUAAAAGCAAUAAAAGAUUUAUAACUCUUAAUUUUUCUCUUAAAUAGAUACUUUACUUGAUAGCACUUGCAUAGUAAUUAAUCUAUAGUUUGUUUAGAUUCAUGCUCAUUUCUAUUUCAUAAUAUAAUUAGUAAUACUAUUUGAAUGAAUUGUGUUCUUGAAUCUAGCUUUAUAACUAUUGAUUAUAUUCAACAGCAAAAUAGUAGUUUUUAUAACAUUUUAAAAAAGUCUCCUAAAAUAGUGCAAUUUAAAUGUUUUUAAAAACCAUAAGUUUGAAAAUGGCUAUAAAAUUAUUAUAAAUGUUUCAUAUUUAUUACGUAUACGAUGAAAAUAAAACGCUACUGAAAUAGUUAAGUCAAACGAAGAUUACAACGAAAAAUAUGUCUCUUGCUUUGUAAAUUCUUUUGCCUGUAAAGUUUUCUGUGUAUUGUAAAGUUUAUAUUAAAACAAAAAUCGUUUUCUGUUGUUA